UGUCAAAUGGUGAAAAAUUGCAGAAAAUGUACAAGCAGAAGAAAAUUUGAUAUCCUCAAAAUUGCAGUGAAAAAGUGAAAUUAUGCUUGGAAAUGAUAGGUUUUCAUUCCAAAAGACAGUCCACUGCCUUGCUCGAGUACUGGCGCGUAUAACGCCGACACCAUGGGAUAAGGUCCAAACGCUGUUCCGAUACUGCCCGCAGGAGAAUGCGGCCGGAGUGUUUUGCCUCGAUUCCAGGGCCCAGGACGCGGUCAUCGCCCUGGGAUUGUAUUUCCUGGAAAGCGGCUACCAAUAUGAGAAGGAAAUAAUCCCGUAUCUGCUGAGGCUGUCCAAAGCUUUGCCCAAGGCAGUUUGGAUCGAUGACGUCAAGCAGAACAAAAUCGAUAAAAUACCUGUGGCGGAAAAGUUUUGCUUUUGCUUGAACAGCCUCCUAUCGGAUAUCGCUGUGGGAUGUCCGGAAAGCCGCGAUGAAAUAAUCAUCAACCAGGUUGAGGUGCUUACCGUUCUGACGAAUAUGAUUAAAGGAAGCAAGGAGAGCAGCAGUCUACCGCCGAUCAUACUGUGCAAAGCAACAGUUCCACUUUUGCUGGGAUUGGGUCGUUCUAUGGGAAGAUAUGCGACGGCCGAUCCUCCUCUGUUGUGCCGAUUGUUUCCUCGUGACGAAAUACCCACGCCGAAAUCGCAAGAAACUACAUUAAAGAGGGCGGAAUCGAAGUCAAACAAUGCCAUCAGUCAGUUCAGAUCCAUUAUUCCGAGGUCCAUGUCCGGUAGUCUAACCGCGGAGCUGACUGAGGAAAAGUCACCCAAAAACAACGCUAAGAAGCUGAACUCCUAUUACUCUGUGCCGUAUGACCCAACGACGUAUUUCUUCUCGAAAUAUGGGUCAAGCUUCAACCAGUUUCCCAAUAUGCGUUUCUGUGACUCGCCGGAGAAAAAGAAUCGUCUACAAUUUCCCAUCAAUCAUCUGCAGACGAUUUUUGCCCUCGCUAAGAAGCUUCUCACCAAAGAGACAUUGGAACACCUUGACGAACAGGCGGGUGAUAUCUACUCACUGCAUCAAAUCAAACCAUACGGAUACAAAAGCGUUUCGGAGACCAUCAAUCUGGUGAUGGUUACUUUGCUGAGGGAGAUUUUGCAGAAUCAAUCAGAUCUCCCCACGCCGUUCACCAAGGACGUGCAGGAAUUUGUGAAACGCCUGUUUUUGAUCGGGCAAACCGAGCUGCAGAACAAGCAGCAUGAUAGCACUCUCGAUAAGGUGAACGAUCCGUCGAACAUAGUGGUAAACAAGUACAAGAUCAACGUAAUGGCCAAUGCGGCUUGCGUUGAUCUGCUGGUGUGGGCUAUUGGCGAUGAAACAGAGGCUGAUAAAUUGUGCAGCCGUUUGUAUCAGAAACUCAACUCGGUGCUGGGACACAAAGUGGUUAUGGACCAUAUGCCAUUAUUGAUGGUUUGUUUAGAGGGUUUGGGUAAAUUGGCGCAGAAGUUCCCCAACAUCGCGGGGACUUCCAUUUCUUAUCUACGAGACUUCCUUGUGGAUCCUAGUCCCAUAUUGACAAAGCUGCAUGCGCAAUCACAAGCUCAGAACAAGAAGGAUAAAGAAAAUGCUCCUUUCAGGAUUGUUGUUCAAGGAUCGGAUUUCAAAGCGUUCGACCAGCAACCGAAUCAACGGAAGGGUCUCACCAAAUCUGCACAUGAAGCAUUCGAAGCACUACGAGAUGCCGCUAUUGAAAACCUUUCCAUAGCACUAAAGGCCGCCCACGUCCUCGACCCGUACUGCGUCCCAGCAUUGGUGGCCAACGUUUCGAAUCGAUUGUUCACCGUGGAAAAGCAAGAAAGCGAAUCCAGUUUGGUAUCGUUGAAUAUCAUUGUGAUGUUGGGACACGUAGCGGUUGCCUUGAAGGAUACGCCGAAGACCACAAACAACAUUCUACAGUUUUUUAUCCAACGCUUCUGCAAGGUACCAUCCGAGCAAAACGUACUGAUUGUAGACCAACUGGGCUGCAUGAUCAUCUCCAAGUGUGAACCGCAGGUUUUCGAAGAAAUCAUGAAAAUGUUCUCUAGAGUGACUGUGCAGGCAGCAUCAUUGGCUUAUUCAACCAACCCAGAGCAGAGGCUGCAACGGUGGCACAUCACUAGAUUUUUUGUUUACAGGAAAUCGUACCAUCACGUGUCGGAUGCCGUAGUCAACGCGUUGGCCAAUAUAGCCGCCAACAUUCAAGGGGAGCUGGAGAUGUUGGAUUUGCUGGGAAAGCUGCUGGAGCUGUUCGUCCAGAUUGGACUGGAAGGUGAACGAUCGUACGAUAGCACAUCCGGUGCGCAGAAAGCUAGUUCCAGUGCCGGUAAUUUGGGAAUGCUGAUCCCCGUGAUUGCGGUUCUAGUAAGACGUCUACCCCCGAUUAAAAAUCCAAAGCAGCGACUUCAUAAAUUGUUCAAAGACUUUUGGCUGUAUUGUGUGGUGAUGGGUUUCACCAAUGCCCGGCUGUGGCCAUCGGAUUGGUAUCAAGGAGUGCAACAAAUUGCAGCCAAAUCGCCGCUGUUGAUAUCUCAGAUAGCUCACCGGUCGGAGAUGCGUGAGUUGAACUACACAUCGGCGAUCCGUUCGGACAGUGUCAGCUUGAACGAGCUGCGCAGCCAAAUUUUGGUAUUGCUGGAUCAUCCUCCGGCGGAGAUUACGCAGUGCAUAAACAAGUUGACAUUCGCGCAGUGUACGUAUCUGUUGAGCGUAUAUUGGUUGGAAAUUCUGCGGGUGGAGAACGCAUCGGAACCUAGCUUGGAACCAAUACUCAAUUAUCUGUGCGAUAAUGCGUUACUGAAGGAUAAAUACGGCAUGUGGCAGUGUAUCCGAUGUAUUGGCGAUCAGGUUUUCGAGAAAUUUAGGAGCGUGCUUCUUGCACAGGACUCGGUGCGCGAAAAGGUUCUUGAGUCGCAAGCAAUGUUGCUGUUGGUAUAUUUCAACCACAUUCACAAGCAAAUACAGCUUGUUGCAGAUCAGUACUUAUCGCAGUUGGUUGAUAAGUUUCCUCAUUUGUUGUGGAAUCGCAAAGUACUUUGGUGUAUGUUGGAUGUCUUACAAUUGCUUGCAUUCUCGUUGACUCUCGAUCCAAACGAAGAAACUCCGACGUUAAGGGUUGCUUCUACGCCAUACACUCUGCAGUUGAUGGAUAGCUUGCCUGCUAGGGAAAGCCGUGUCAAGGAUUUUGCUGAUCGUUGUCAAGGUAUCGUAAGUGAAGCAAUGAAGUGGGCUCCAAAGUCGACCCGCAGUCAUCUACAGGAAUAUCCGAAUCAGGUUCCAACGACCAGUUUGUCAAAUCACAGUGGAUUGGCACUAGCGGUGGAUUCUAUACUCCACACAUGGGUUACCAACGCCAGUAUUCAGUGUGCAUCUAAACGGCCACAUUGCGUCAACAGUGACACAUCAAAGUUUGUGUCGGUAUUGUGCUUGCGUAGCAAAUACGCAGGAGAAAUUUCCGGUUUGUUGUCGGUUUUGGAGGACCAGGAGAAGAAGGGUUUGGCUGACCGCUUGGUGAAGGACAUCUGGGAUGCAUGUGGCGAAAAGAGCGAUGCCAAACAUAGGGGAGCUCUUUGGAGGGCUACGGCUUAUCUGAUUCUAUGUUCAAGCGCAAAUCGAAAGCUGCUGCAUGCAAUAUCUUCAUCGCAGGUUCAACUAUUUACGGAAUCUGCUAUGGAAACAGCCGUGGAAUGUUGGCAGUGGAUUCUGACUGCACGACAAGAUCUCGAGCUUUGUUUUAUUCAGGAGAUGGUAACGGCUUGGCAGACGACCUUUGAUAAGAGAAUUGGGUUGUUUACCGAAGAAGUGGAUAUUACCAGUCCUUUGGCGGCGUACGAGAGUUGCAAAUUAGUCCCGAAGCCAAUCGUUGUUGCUCCACAUUUGAUCUGGUUGCAACUUCUCUCCGAAAUGGUGGAUACCGCCAAGUAUUGUAAUCGUGAUAAAGUUGAGAUGUUCUGCAUGCUAUUGCACCGUUGUUUACCAUUUAGUCGAGAUUUUAAUAUGACGAGGCAUAUCUCAACAGUUGGCUGUCGAUUUAAGCUUCUUCAGUGUGGACUAUCUUUGCUGCAGGGAAAUACCAUUCCAAAAUCACUCGCUAGGAAUAUUUUGCGCGAACGUAUCUACGCUAAUGCGUUGGAUUACUUCUGCGGCCCACAACUAUGUCCAAGUCAACCGAGAGAGGCCCUACUGGAAGAUAUAUCAAUUCUACUCAAGUUUUGGCAAACGAUGCGAAGCGAGAAGAAACAUUUGGUUGCUUCAGAAGUUAGUGAUUACGAUUUACAUCCCACUUCGCAAAAUCUGUCGGUGAACAAGUCUUUGGAUACAGUCUCGUUAGCGGGAAGUGAAGUCGCGCGGUCUACUAGUAGUGGAAACGCAGGUUGGUAUAACACCAUUCCUCACUCAACAUCAACCCUGUCCAAACGAUCGACACGUAUCAAGCGCCCACCCUAUCAGAAGGAUGCAUACGAUAAAGACUACAUGAAGAAACGGAACUUGAUUCUGGAAUUGCUGGCCGUCGAAAUAGAAUUUAUGAUCAUCUGGGCAAAUCCUUUAUCAACUCCAGAAUUCCAGAUAGCGGGCGAAGAAGCCGUAGCAGAGUGGAGAGCUCGUCCAAUGAAGUUGAAUGUCUGGCGAGACUACACAAGGCUUGCGUGGUCGUACAAUCCUGCUUUGGCCAUAUUCCUACCGCAACGAAUACGAAACGCUGAAACAAUCGAAGACGAAGUUACACGCCUGGUUUGCUCUGACCCACUUGCAGUUAUCAACAUUCCGGAAGCAUUGAAAUAUCUUGUCACCACAAGAACCCUACUAAACGAGGCCCCGGAACUGGUCUACAUGUUGACGUGGGCUCGCGUGAAUCCCAUACAAGCGCUAUCCUAUUUCUCGCGGCAGUUCCCUACACAUCCAUUGACCGCACAGUACGCCGUCACCACUUUGAACUCGUACCCAGCGGAAGCCGUUCUUCCUUAUAUUCCCCAGUUAGUUCAGGCCUUGCGGCAUGAUACGAUGGGCUACGUCGUCGAGUUUAUCAAACAUAUCUCCAAACGGUCGCAGAUUGUUGCUCAUCAGCUGAUUUGGAACAUGCAAACCAACAUGUAUAUCGACGAGGAAAUGCACCACAGAGAUCCUGUUUUGUACGAUGGUUUGGAAGCCCUGUCGCAGAACAUCAUCGCAUCCUUGUCUGGACCGGCAAAACGAUUCUACGAGCGUGAAUUUGACUUCUUCGGCAAAAUCACAGCCGUCAGCGGAGAGAUUCGUUCCUUCCCCAAGGGCCAAGCGCGAAAGAAAGCUUGCUUGGAUGCGCUCAGUCGGAUCAAGGUUCAGGCCGGGUGCUACCUGCCUUCCAAUCCGGAAGCGAUGGUUCUCGACAUCGACUACAACAGCGGAACACCGAUGCAGAGUGCAGCGAAGGCUCCAUAUUUGGCACGAUUCCGGGUGCACCGGUGCGGUAUAAACGAGCUGGAAACAAUGGCAAUGGAGGUGUCAAACAAUCCCCACAGCCAGCUCGAUGGGCCGAAGUUGACUUCAAUGGGACCCGAAACGUGGCAGGCAGCGAUCUUCAAAGUCGGUGAUGACGUCCGCCAGGACAUGUUGGCAUUGCAAGUGAUUUCAAUUUUCAAAAAUAUUUUCCAACAAGUCGGACUGGAGCUGUUCCUGUUUCCGUAUCGUGUCGUAGCAACGGCGCCAGGGUGUGGUGUCAUCGAGUGCGUUCCCAAUGCGAAAUCACGCGAUCAGCUAGGACGACAGACGGAUUCCGGCUUGUACGAGUACUUCUUGCAUCAAUACGGGGACGAAACAUCGAAGGAAUUCCAAGUGGCGCGUAGCAACUUUGUAAAAUCGAUGGCCGCCUAUUCGGUGAUUGGUUAUCUCCUGCAGAUCAAAGAUCGUCACAACGGAAACAUAAUGAUCGACAAGGAUGGACACAUUAUUCACAUUGAUUUUGGCUUCAUGUUCGAAUCCUCACCCGGCGGCAACAUCGGUUUCGAGCCGGAUCUCAAACUGACCGACGAGAUGGUGAUGGUGAUGGGUGGCAAAAUGGAAGCAGCUCCAUUCAAAUGGUUCUGUGAUCUGUGCGUGCAAUCGUUCCUGGCCAUUCGCCCCUAUCAGGAUGCAAUCGUAACGUUAGUUUCGCUCAUGCUGGACACGGGAUUACCUUGCUUCCGGGGGCAAACCAUAACCCUGCUGAAGCAGCGAUUCGUGCCAACGAAAAAUAAUAAGGAAGCGGCCGCUCACAUGCUGGGCGUUAUAAGAAAUUCGUAUCAGAACUUCCGUACUAGAACCUAUGAUAUGAUCCAGUAUUACCAAAACCAGAUUCCAUAUUAAGCAAUAAAACAUUAUGACAGACGUUCGAUCCUCAAGAGUAAACUUGCAAAAGUAAAACACGAAAGGAAUGAAAUUUUUAAGGUGGAAGGACCGCUUCAGCGCAUGGGAGUGCUAGAUUUUGGGGAGGUUACGGAAAUUAUAUUUGUGGUGACAAAACAUUGCAUGUGAUUGUAAUAAACAUAGUCAAAGUUGAUCUUGUUGUUUAGCAAUAAAUUAUUGUUGUUAUUUGGUGUAUGACUGAUACAUUAAUAUAUUAUCACUGAAUCAUGAAUGGAA